AUGCUGAGUGAACGAACUCCCACGUCAACUACAAGCUGGAAGAAGUCAGGAAGGAUAUGUCGCUCAAGAUACAAAUACCAGUCAACCUUUUACUUCUUCUUGGAGGAUAUCCUCGCGAGUAUAAGUAAAAAUCGGCGAACGUCCCUGUUUCCGCAGCAGAAAGAAGCACACAGGCAGACAAGCACCAGUCAGGUCAGGCAGCCAAGAGAAAGAGAGAAGAAUCUUAUCCCGCUGUUAGGUGCAGCGGUACCGUGA